CGUCCUCUCUUCCUUCGCAGCUUAACAAAUGGUUCGCACCAGUGUCUUGAGCGACGCGCUCGUCAGCAUUCGCAACGCUGAGGCCAAGGGCAAGCGACAGGUUCUCCUCCGCCCCGCCUCGAAGGUCAUUGUCAAGUUCCUCACCGUCAUGAUGAAGCACGGCUACAUCGGCGAGUUCGAGAUCGUCGACGACCACCGCUCUGGCAAGAUCGUCGUCGAGCUGACCGGCCGCAUCAACAAGUGCGGUGUCAUCAGCCCCCGCUUCGAUGUCACUCUUACCGAGCUUGACAAGUGGACCAGCCGGCUGCUCCCCUCGCGCCAAUUCGGCUACAUUGUUCUGACCACCUCGGCCGGUAUCAUGGAUCACGAUGAGGCCAAGAGGAAGCACACUGGUGGCAAGAUCCUCGGCUUCUUCUACUGAGCGUCUUGUCUGGGCGACAGCUCGUUUUGAAGGGGUGGCGCUCGCUCCCGUCCAAUCCUUCUUUUCCUGACUGUCACUAAUCCCGGUUCCCGUAUUGUCCCCCCUUUUCCCCCUAUUCCCCCAAAGCUUCUCCAUUGAGAGGAAUCCCUGUUUUUUCGCUUCAGCGCACAACUGUCCUGUUCUGGCGUGUUGUUUUUAUUUUGGUAUCUUCAAACCACUUGCUGUUUCGAAUAAUACGAUGUCCCUACAUGA